ACUCCGCUUCCUCCUCAGGACGCAGCGCGCCUGGAGUCCGUCCGCAGCAGCGAGCCGAGCACCUCUGUCGCUCAUCUUUAAGAAAUCAUCCCAUCCGGCUAUUUUAUACCAUCGCAGGGGUAAACACUCCAAACCGAGUCCAAUGGCACUGUGGAUUAUACUUUUCUCAUCUUUGUACGGAGUUUUGCUCGGGCAAGAGCUGCCCACCGUACAGCAGUGCUGUCAGGAUGGGAGGAAUCGGUCCCAGGGGGGACAAGACUGUACAAUCCUCCCCCUCAUCUCCUCCUCCCACAUCUGCAGGAUCGCCCAGGAGCAGUGCUGUGCAGCGGUCGCAGGAGAGAAGCUCUGUACCACCGGCAUCAACAUGGCCAAGCAUCAAGGGGCCUGUGAGAGGCCCUUUUUCCAGGGAGACCCUUGGGAAACCCAGGUCUCAAAGAUGUGCUGUGACUGCUGUGUGUUGGGUCUCAUGGCAGCAGGCCGUGGUUUUAGCUGUGAGCUCGAGGGUUUGUUGCUGGGGAGACAGUGUGAGCACGCCGCUAAAACCUGCUGUGCUAAAAACACCACAGACGGAACCCAACGUACCGAUAAAGAAUCCAGUUGCUCUCAGCUGCAUGUGGGUAACGGUACGUGUGCCUGCCAUGAUGGCUAUCAGCUCAAAGAGGAUGGGGUGACUUGUGAGGAUGUUAAUGAGUGCCUGACUGGCAGUCACAGCUGUACCCUCGGCCAGGUUUGCAUCAACACAGACGGCUCUUUUCGCUGUCAGAGGGAAACCAGCUGCGGCACCGGCUACGAACUCACCGACAACAACAUAUGCCAAGAUAUUGACGAGUGUGCUUUGGAAGUCCAUAACUGUGGGCCAGACUUUGUCUGCAACAACACAGCGGGGUCGUUCCGUUGUGUCCCGAGGGAGAGCUGCGGACACGGCUACAUUCAGGACGCGAUCGGCAGCUGCAUUGAUAUUAAUGAGUGUGUGGCGCACACCAGUCCAUGCCAGCCUGGCCACACUUGCAUCAACACAGUGGGCUCUUACACCUGUCGCAGAAACACCAUCACCUGUGGACGGGGCUAUCAUCUCAAUGAGGAUGGCACACGUUGCGAAGACGUGGAUGAGUGUCGCACAGGCAAUGUGUGUGGCAACCAUGGCUGUGUCAACCUGGUGGGCUCCUUCCGCUGUGAGUGCAGAGUCGGCUUCAUCUUCAACAGCAUCACCAAGAUGUGUGAAGACAUCAACGAGUGCAGGCAUUAUCCAGGGCGACUCUGUGCCCACAAAUGUGAGAACACAGAGGGGUCCUACCAGUGCAGCUGCACCACAGGCUUCAGGCUGGUCAACGAUGGCAGGAACUGCGAGGAUGUGAACGAGUGUGAGGCCAACCCCUGCAGCCAGGAGUGUGCCAAUGUUUACGGCUCCUACCAGUGCUACUGCCGCCGUGGUUACCAGCUGAGUGACAUUGAUGGGAUUACAUGUGAAGAUAUUGAUGAGUGUGCCCUGCCUGCUGGAGGCCACGUGUGCUCCUACCGCUGCUCCAACUCCCCAGGCAGCUUCUUCUGCACCUGCCCCCCCACCGGCUACACACUGUCCUCCAAUGGACGCACAUGCCAAGACAUCGAUGAGUGUGCAACGGGCAGCCACACCUGCUCCGUCUCUCAGAGCUGCUUCAACGUGCAGGGAGGAUUUCGGUGUCUGUCCUUGGAAUGUCCGCCAAACUUCCGCCGAGCCUCCGAGGGACCCAGAAGCGAUAGCACAGUCAGUGUGCGCUGUAUAAAAUCCUGCCAACCCAACGACAUCAGCUGUGCCGUCGACCCCAUUCAUCUCAUCACACACACCAGCCUCUCACUGCCCACCUUCAGAGAGUUCACUAUGCCAGAGGAAAUAGUUUUCCUGAGGACAAUGGCGCCAGCGAACCCAGCUCCUCUCCCUGGUGCCCCUGAUGUCUUCUUCGACAUUGGGGCUGCAGACGACCAGUCCUCUUUCGACGUGGUGAAGCGCUCCCACAACGGCAUGAUUAUGGGGGUAGUGCGGCAGGUGAAGCCCAUCACCGGUCCUAGGGAUCUUGUGGUUGAGGUGGCCAUGAACUACAUCAGGUCAGGGGUCGUUUCCCACCGCAACAUUGUCGUCAUCCACCUCUUCAUUUCCGAGUUCUGGUUCUGAGCUGCAAAACAGGUCCGCUAUGAGUUAAGAUGAAAAUGUCACACUGGCAGUGCAGCGCAGGCCCGGGGAAAAACUGAUUUGGUUUUGAAUACUUAAAUUUGCUUGGGCCUGCCCGAUUUCAUUCACUGGACACAGAGAAAAAACAGCCCCAAAGUUUGAUGCAUUACUUGCAAGAUGAACUACAGCAAAGGAUCUUUGUGUUUAUUAUCAAGUGCUCAAGAUGCAUUGAAUUACCGUUUUGCCUGUUUCUGCACAUUGGGAAAAGAGAUUGUGUUACUUUUCAAUAUACUUAUGUAUUAAUAAAACACAUACCUACACAAAAUUAAGCCAUUACUGUAUGCUGAAAAGUAACAAAUCAGUCAUGUCUUUUUUUUUUAUGAGUGUGGUUUAAAAUAAUGGCAUAGAUAGGUAGGUUGCAAAUAGCCAGUCAAUGUAUUAUUUACUACUGUCUGUUGUGUUUGACUUGAACUCAUUGUUUUCAUUGUUUUUCACUAUGAUGCACUAUUGGUUAAAAUGUGGGACUCUUCAAAAUUUGUUCCAUUUGAUGAGUUGUGGGGAAAAGAGGACGCAAAACUUCAUUUUAUAAUCAAAUUCUGCACAGAGUUGUUUUCCGUAACACUGGCGAUGAUUUGAACCAUCUGACUGUACAAUCACAUGUGAAUAAAGACUUAACGCAG